AAGCUUCAAGUAGGCGGAACGGGCGAUUUGAAUUUCUGUCACAGUGGCAUGUAUCAUGUCGUUGAAGCGUCGCGUAUACGUAUGUGCGUGUAUUGGUGUGCUUGUGGUCAUUUUGACAGGUUAUGUUUACAACGGGAAGCAGCAACUUGUUAUGCUCUACCAGUGAAGGUUGUGAUUUUGUCUGUGCUUAUAAAUUGAAUCGGAAAUAAACUCAUUUGGUAUGUAUAAUAUUAUUGUGUUAUGUAUUCUAACGUCAAUGGGAAAUGCAGUUUCUUACUUGAUAUUCUUGUUCGCUUACAGUGAACUCAGUCAGAGAGAAAUGGAUGUGAAAAAAACUGGCACAAAGCGACCGCCAUUGGUGCAAAUUAAACAGGAAAAUGUUGUUCCAGGGCCAAGUAAGAAAAUUAAAACAGCGAAAAAGCCAGCACAACAAAAACCACCGAUUCCAACUGUUCUGAAAGUACCGACCCUGAUUCCGUUAAAAACGGAAAAUAAGCCAGAAAACAUAAAACGAUCAUCGAACCCGACAGCACAUACAUCCAACAUGUCAUGUUAUAUGGACAUAAAACCUGUACAGACAAAAGCAUUAACCGCUACUCCAUCCGCUGACGUUCAGGCGAUUUUAUCUUAUAUCAAGGAAAGUCCAUGGAGAUCAUCUCAGGCACAACCAAAUUUGACAAAACAACCUACAAUACUCACGAAACCCGGCACAUCUCGAUCUCCCGCAAACCGUCAAGAAGUAAAUCAACGCAAUCAAUCAUCAACAGUAGAAAUAGAGCCAGAACAAAUUAUUCCUGUUUUAAGCGCAUCUUCUAUGUCCGGAUCUCAUUUGCAGUUUCUACCAAGAUCGCGAAAUAACUCGUUCGAAGAUUAUUUUGAUUCUAUCGACAACCUCACUAACGUUCUCCCGUCACCUGAAAUUUCUACAAAUUCUCCAAAACCACAGCAACAGAAUACCGCUUCCAGUAGUAUUUUGAACAACCACCCCGUUCAGUGCAGCAAUGCUAUAACAAAACGUGAUGUAGAGCUCAUCCAUACUAAACUAGACUAUAUUUUAGACGCAAUCCAUGAUAGACGUGAACUUUCCGAACGCGGUAGCUCAAAUGUGUUUAACUUUGAGCCCAUAAAGGAUCUGGCCACAUUAAACGAAUUUGAAAGACAGCUAGGGGAGACUAACGGGGCAUAUAGAGAUCAAAUAUUUAAUACACUGCAUAGUUCCAUUAAGAAAGGGAAUUCUAAGUAUCAAAUCCAUCAAGCAAUCGACAAAUUGCUUGAUAGAAAAUUUGUUACUGAAAUCACGUGGUCCGAUAGAACAAAUAAGGGCGAGAAAAAAAUUGCAUUUUCAACCUACACAAAUAUUAAAAAAUUGUUUGUUGAUAUUGCUGGCACAAUGUUCGAACAGCCAACGGAACAGUUCGUUUAUGAAUACUUGGGUCAAAAAUUUAGACAUGCUAGCAAUCGUGUAAAUAUUCUUGGAAAACGAACUACUACUCCUCAUAAUGUUAAACGAAAGAUAUAGAUUUUUUUAUGACAUGAAUGUCGUUUAGUUAAA